UCUCACUAAUUACUAUUUUACUAAUGAGCUUUGUGGCAGCUUUCUCGGAAUAUCGCUGAUAAGUUACUGCAAUGACAAUGAUUGAUGGUUCCUUUGAGAUAAUUUCUCUAUGGAAAACUCUCUUGAAGUCUUUAAAGACCACACAAAACUAUAAAAGCUAACAGUUUGUGCUUAAUUUCCGUAUCGAAAGUGCUUUAUUAAAAAUUGUUCCUUUUUUUUUGGAUAGAAAUGCUAAAAUACGGUUUAUUUGUAAUUUUCAUUUGCUUCGUUGCAGAAAAUUUGUCUGCUGAAUAUUCCACCGAAAGUCCCCUAGAAAACACGACCGAUGAUAUUUAUGCCGGUUUAAUAUUUCCAAACUUUUCGAUAGAAGCUUUAGAUGGGCCGAACUAUCGCGCAUUCCCACGUCAGGUAAUACCGAAAAAGUUUGUCGUGGUGGCCUAUGCCAAGGCCAAUUGGUUUAAAGCUCAACAAUUUUGCGGUUAUCAAGGACUUGCGUUAGCCAGUAUUACUUCAUAUGAAGAAGAUCAAGUUCUGCAAAAGUUUUUGUAUAAUAAUAAUCUAUCCUUCAAUUCUGAGGAAUAUUGGCUCAGCGGUUCGAAACAUGCCGAUGGUCGUGAAUGGAUUUGGUUCAACUCAGGUCGUCCGGUUGCCUUCAGCCGUUGGGCAUUGGGCAGACCGCUUGGAGUUUUGGGCAGUAGAAAAUGUUUGGCUAUGAUGGCUAAUGGCCAGUGGACCAAUGAUCGUUGUGAGAAGGAAAAAUAUUUCAUUUGCGAGACCCGUUGUCCAUUGAACAGUUAUGAUUUACCAAUCUACGAGGAAGUUAAAGAGGACAAAUAUUUAUAGAACGUAAAAUGUAGUUCGUAAUAAAUUUUUUUAUUUUAUUUUUAAGCUGAGAAGAAAAUAUUAAAGUUUUUCGAUAAAAGCA